UCGAGUCUCGAAGAACCACCAGAUAUAAGCAGUUUUCAACUGAACGUACAACCACCAUCUAUCGAAGAGUUGCGAAAACGAACCUGUGGUAUAUUCAGCAAUAAGUGGAUCAAAUACGCUUAUGCUAAAUUUAAAAAUGAAUGUCCGAGUGGUCAAAUGCGCUUAAAAGAAUUCAAAAAUAUUUUCGGUGGUUACCUCCCAAUAGCAAUCAGCGAUGCGUACAUAAAACGAAUAUUCUUUGCAUUCUCGAGAAAUCAGGAAACGUUAACAUUCGAAGAUUUGGUAGAGACAUUAGGAAUGUUGACUUCGCCGUCAGCACUGAACAAUGCGCACUGGAUGAUGCGACUCAUUAAAGGAGCUGAUGAUGGGCUUAUCGAUUACACGGUUCGUAGCACGUAA